GGAGAACGGAUCAUUCACAGUCGGUAGAGGGUGCUCUUCUCUUCUGUUUUCAGUGUUCCGUCAACCACGGAUCGCAGCGCACUCAACGCAUUCGGCAGUUUCUCGUCGCGGCGAAUUUUUGACAGAUUGUGCUCAAUUUUGACGUUUAGUGAAUGUUAUGACUGAAGAAUUAAUGGAAAACAAAGCAAAUAUGAAAUAUAGACAUAAAUAGAAGUACUUAUGCGAUUAAACAUAAUAUGGUAAAAAUGGAAGCUUUUUACUAAAAAAAGCAUGAAAAAUCGAUUUUUAACUAAUGAUUUCUACAUAAAACAGUGACUGAUGAAGUGCAACUACCAACAGUGUUUUUGUGUGCGGAUGGGCCUGUGCUAGAGGACUGAAAACAUAGUUUUCCAAGUGUUCCUGCAAAAUGGAUUGGUCAGCCGUUAUUCGCUGUGUGCUGAUUUGGAUGGGUCUUCAUAUUACAAAAGCUUACCACCACUCCAGUCACCAACUACCCCGUAUCACCGAACACCCCGUCGAUACGACAGUGGCGCGCCACGAGCCGGCCACCCUAAAUUGCAAUGCCCAGGGCGAUCCUGAACCUACGAUCACAUGGUACAAAGACGGCCAAGUCCUGAGGACGGCUCCUCAGGACGCGAGGUCACACAGAGUGCUGCUGCCUGCGGGAAGUCUGUUUUUUCUGAGGGUAGCCCAGAGCAGGAAGGAGUCCGACGCUGGGACGUAUUGGUGCGAGGCUAGCAACGUAGUGGGCAAAGCCAGAAGUCGAAAUGCUACGCUUACUGUUGCCGUUCUAAGAGAUGAGUUCCGUUUCGAGCCACAAAGUUCUAGAGUAGCUGCUGGUGAAGACAUCGUUCUAGAAUGUUCACCUCCGAAAGGGGUACCAGAACCACAGGUGUUUUGGAGAAAAGACGGGCAGACGUUGAGCGUGGAUGGUAGGCUGAAGUUAGUAGACGGCUACAAUCUAGCUAUUACGGAUACUAAAACCUCUGAUGAUGGCAAGUACCAGUGCGUGGCUAAGAAUACUGCUGGAGUGCGAGAAUCAGCUGCAGCUAUUUUAAAAGUUUAUGUGAAACCAUUUAUGAUACGACCACCAGAAGACAUCACCGCAAUAGUCGGAUCCACAGUAGAAUUAUCUUGUGCAACUGGUGGAGAUCCAAUUCCCGAUGUUCUUUGGAGAAGAACAGCUCCUGGAGGAACCAUGCCACUAGGUAGAGUAAGAGUACUGGAAGAUAGAACCCUUCGAUUGGAGCAAAUUACAUUACUAGACCAAGGACGAUACUUCUGUGAUGCUGAUAACUUUGCUGGUGCCAUUACUGCAUCGGCUCUUUUGAUAGUUCAUGCCCCUCCAACUUUUACUACGAGGCCUCAAGCACAAGCAGUAGAAGUUGGUAGAGAUGUUACUUUCCACUGCAAUGUUAAGGGCAAUCCACCACCUUUUGUGUUUUGGUCAUUUGAAGGAGAUAGAGCAUUAGUGUACUCUGGUAAUAGCUUUGGAAAUUAUGAAGCCUUUACCACCACCGAAGGAUUUUCUAGUUUGCAACUAAAGGAAGCACAGGUUCAGGAUUCUGGUACUGUUGUCAUAUGCUCCGCUAUCAACGCUGCAGGGUCUAUAUCUUCCAGAACAAGACUGACAGUGACUUCAAAAGAAGAUAGACCGCCUCCAAUAAUCACCAACGGUCCUGUAAAUCAAACUCUUCCAAUAGACUCAGUAGCUUACAUGUCUUGUGAAGCCGAAGGAAAUCCAAAGCCUGUAAUCUCUUGGUAUAAAGAAGGAGUACCUGUAGCACAGUCCCAUAGAAUAAAUAUGACUAAUCCUAACCAUUUGGAAAUAUAUAGCCUACAAAAGGAAGACUCUGGUCCCUAUACGUGUGUAGCUUCAUCAAGAGGGGGCAAGGCUACAUGGACUGGUCAUCUUCUAGUAGAAAAUCCUAAAAAUCCAAAUAUUAAUUUCUUCAAAGCUCCAGAAGCAGUUAUGUUACCGGGACCACCAAGUAGACCUCAUGCUCUUAACCAGUCAGAAGGAAGCGUUACUAUUACUUGGGGACAAAACAACAAAAUCGGCUCUUCCAGUCUACUAGGUUAUCAAGUAGAAUUGUUCGGUAAGGAAGAAGGAAUAACUCCAACAUGGACUAUCGUCGGCCGCAGAAUACCAGGCCCUACCUUCACCCAGCAUCUUCUGUCAGCUGGUAUUCCGUACACAUUCCUCAUUAGAGCCGAGAACGCUCAUGGAAUGGGUCCUCCAUCGCAAUUAUCGGAACCAAUAGUCGUAGGACCAGAUUCAGCACAGAAUUGGGGCAAUCCUGAAGUAACGGAACUUAGUGAAGCUAGAGCCAACCUCGUAGCAUCCAGUAUAGCAUCGCUCACUGAAGCUAUACCUCUUUCUUCUACUUCCAUAAAGCUAGUUUGGUCAGUCAGCGAUUCUACCUAUGUGGAAGGCUUGUAUAUUUAUUUUGUAGUGUUAGAUAACGAAGAAGAGAAGCCUAAGACUUAUAGUAUGUUGACUGUGUUACAUACAGGAGGUACAUCGAGUUUUACAAUUAAUAAUUUAGAAAAAUGGUCGAAGUAUGAGUUUUUCUUGGUGCCUUUUUUCAAGACUGUUGAAGGUCAUCCUUCUAAUUCCAAAUCCGUUAGAACCUUAGAGGAUGUUCCUACUGAAGCCCCAUCCCAUAUGGAGGCUCUUCUGUUGAACUCAACAGCAGUGUAUUUAAAAUGGAAGUCGCCGCCUCCAAUAACACUCAAUGGAGAGCUUCAAGGUUACAAAGUGGAGAUUAAAACGAACGGUACAGACCAAACGAAGAUGAUCAGUGUAGGAAAGAAGGCAUCCAGUCUUUUGUUAGGUAGUUUAAGCCCCGGUGUGUCUUAUUUUGUAAGAGUAGCAGCUGUAACCAGGAUCGGACUAGGACCUUACAAUGCUGCUGCUACAUUAAGACUGGAACCUACUUCCAGAAUAGCAGACAAUAAUUUCCAAAGGCCUGUUGGAGCAGAUAUGCAAUCCGGUGACUUCAUUACAGAAACCUGGUUUAUGGCUCUCUUAAUAAGUAUGGUGUCAGUUAUGGUGCUACUCUUUGGAGCUAUGAUUUUCGUUAGACGAAGACAGAUGUUAUCCAAGAAGAGCUUAACACCUAGUAGAUCUAACGGUGGUGUUCUGACAACUCCUAUGGACGUUAAACACGAGUCUCCUCUGUGGCUUGAUAAAGAAAAUUUGCCUGACUACUCGUCGAGUACUCUACCUGAAUAUUCUAAGCUAACUCCAGGGAGUCAUAAGAGGAAAGAGUAUGUUUAUAAUGGUUCUGUUUCUAAUGGGGUCAACCCUUACGGAAGCGUAAAUCUUCGUUCAAACCCAUUGAACCACAACGAUUUCACCCGUCCGGAUAAUCUUCAAUACAGCUCAGAAAAGUGUUAUCCAAUCUCAGGCCGCAAAUUCGAAGACUACCUAAAUAUGCAGGUGCAGGAGUAUGCCAGUCCCAAUAUCGAAUCCAAAGUAGCCGAUUAUGCUGAAGUCAACGCCAAUGUAACUCCAAAUAUUGACGGGGGUUCCAUAUCGCCUGCCCCCUACGCUACUACGACAUUGGUGGCUGCUGGAAAACGGACGCAAUGGAACAACUUCAACUCAGAUUUAGACGAUGAAUGUCCUUAUCCUUCGGCUAAUGGAGGAUACUACAACCGUAAAGUUUAUUCUGAUUCGUACUUUUCACCUAUCCAGACAUUGAGGAGGAACCGUAAUAAUAAGAAACCUCAGCAAAAUCCGCCUGAUAUAGUUUCGCCAUCAAGUUCUACAGGUCAACCAGUAUAUGCCAGAGUCGGACCACCAGGUUUAUCGUGGAGGAGCGAGGUGCCAUCUAUGAGUAGUUUUACGCCUCACAAGCAGGUCUACCACCACGGAUCAAGCAGAUCUGAACCGGGAAAUAUGUAAUUUCUCUUGUUGGGAGCAAUUUUGUCGUUACUUAUAGUCUAGAAGCCAUAGCUAGGUCACCUUUGUCUUUGUAUCGAGCGGUUCGCGCGCGUACCUUUUCGCUGCCAGCCGAUCUUGCGCCUCAGAGCGCCCUAUUUAAAUAUCAAUAUCUUGGCCAAAAAUAAACCUACAAACAAUCUCAAAAUAUUCCUAAUGAGUUCUUCUAUCAUUACUGGUGAUUGAAGUAUAAUGUUUAUUGCUCAAAUUUGCUUAAAACCCGUAUAAACAAAAUCAUUUAUAAAUUUUAAUUUUUACAAUGGGAAAUAAGCCACAAUAUUAUUAAAAAAUGAUUUUUUAUUAACGUUUCGACGCCCAAAUCGGGUGCCGUUGUCAAAAUACAAAAUACUGUUUUUUUUAUAAUAUUGUGGCUUAUUCCUAUUGUAAAAAUUAAAAUUGUAAAAAAAAUGCCACAAGAAAAUAGCUUCAGAACAACAUUUAUAAAUUUUUCAGAAAAUGACAACUUCAAACGGGUAUAGCUUUAAUACAAAUAAAGAUAAAGUAAUUUAUCAAAUUGUGUUUGAAAGUAAUAAAUUAAGCUUUAAAAUGAGACUUUGUAAAGCUCAUUUGCGUUCUUAGAAGCCGAAUAACGAUAGAAAAAGCUUCGAAAUAUACUUAUUUUACACCAAUUUUACAAUAUCUGUAAAUGUCUUUACAAUAUCUGAUUUCUGUACUUAUUUUGUACCAUUUUACACUAAUUUUACAAUAUCUCGAUUAAUAUAAAAUUAUUGGACUAAUGUUUAGUAAACACCAUUUUCUUUGUUUUUUUUUUAUCAAGGAACAAAUUUUUUUGAAAAUAACUUUUUAUAUUUUUUAGUUUGCGAGUUAGAGCCGUAUAAACAAUUAAAAAUAUUUUUUUAAUCACUGGGAUCGAAAUCCACCCUCGAAAUUCGUAAUCAGCAGCCAAAAAUAUAUACAAAGACUUGGAUAGGACCAUCAGAUUUGAAAAGGCCACGGUGACAUAGCUAUAUCCCCUAGACUAAUACGAGUUUUUCAAAAACUAAAUCAAUUCCACUACUUAAUCGUUUGUAGAUAUGAUAUAGAAUAAGAAAUGGUAAAGAAGGUAUGGUUUGUUCAACAGUAAAUGGUUUUAGUUCAAUUAGUACGGUCGUAAAUAUUAUUAAAUUUAUCUGACCUGCCCAUUGUUAAGACCACCGAGGCAGACAGAGUUGGUCUUUUGCAAUUAACACUGACUAGACGGUACUCCCAUAAUAAAGCCUAAAAUAAAUUUUACCUGAAACCGGGCCUUUUAUACUAUUAUCGGUUAAUCCGGGCUGUUUAUAGUGGUAACUAAUUGAACUUAACCAUUUACUGUUUAACAUACCAUAUCUUUGGAAUGUUUUUGUUGUUUGUAUUUUCUAGAAACGUAACAAUACAGGGUGUAACAAAAAGGGAGGCCAUAAAUUAAAUCACAUAUUCUGGGACCAAAAAUAGAUCGAUUGAACCUAACUUACCUUGGUACACAUGUGCACAUAAAAAAAUUACAGCCCUUUGAGUUUACCAAAUGAAAAUCGAUUUUUUCCAAUAUAUCGAAAACUAUUAGAGAUUUUUUAUUGAAAAUGGACAUGUAGCAUUCUUAACAGUGAAAUUUGUGCACCCCAGACAAAUGUUAUGGGGAUUUUUAAGAAAUGCUAAACACAAUGUUUUUAAGAGUUUUUUUUGCCUUUUAGUACUUUUUCGAUAAGCCAGUUUAUCGAGAAUUGUAAAAUCCACCAACAUUUUUACAUGGUUAAGUAGGAUCAUAGAAUAUUAUUUUCAUAAUAUUAUUACCAGGUCUCUAUAAUAUAUUACUUAACCAUUUAAUAAUAUUUGGUGGAUUUUACAAAUGUUCCACAUUAUAUACCUCGUUAAAAACUGGCUUAUCGAAGAAGUACUAAGAGGCAAAAUAGUUUUAAAAACAUUGUACUAAUAAUACCACAAUUAUAAUUUAAUUUGAACAUACACAAAUAUUUGGUGGGUUUAUGGGAACAAAACCCCCAUAAAAUUUUUAUUGGGUGCACAAAUUUCACUGUUAUUUUUUAAAAUGUUGUUAUCAUAAGAAUACCGCAUAUUCAUUUUCAAUAAAAAAAAGAAUGUGUGUGUACUUUGUACGCACGUAAGAAGAUAUUCUUCUAUUAUAUAGGUAAUAUAGUAAAUAUACUUAACAGGUUAUUUGUAUUUUAUUUAAAAAUUAAACUAACUUUCUUAUCUACCACUUUCAAAAUAUUUUUAUUAAAACAACCAAAAAUAAAAAAAGUUUGAAUCGCCCAGGAUUCGAACCCGCGUCAUUCCAAUCACGGAGCUAACGCCCUUCCAACUACACCAGCGAGGUCCUUCUAAUUGACAUGUAAGUUUCGGAUAUAAUUACACAACACGGCGACAAAUAGUGUAAAUAUUUUAUUAUUUUACUACAGAGAAACACAAAUCCAAAAACACAAGAAUUAUAAUAAAUAAUACAUUUACUAAAAACACUAAUAUAUUCUUUUAAUGACUUAUUUGCACGGAUACAGAUACAUAAACACCUAUCUUGAAAGAUUAGCAAGGAACCACAUACUGUCUGUGUGCGCAGGCGCGCAGAUUUAUGUACAAUUUUACCCUCAAUCGAAUCGCGCCUAAAGAAGAAUAUCUUCAAAAAUAUCUAAUAGUUUUCGAUAUAUUGGAAAAAAUCGAUUUUCAUUUUUAACUUCAAAAGGCGGUAACUUUUUUUAUGUGCUCAUUUGUACUAAGAUAAGUUAGGUUCAAUCCAACUAUUUUUGGUCACAGAAUAUGUGAUUUAAUUUAUGACUAGCGUUUUUGUUACACCCAAAAUAAGGUGGUAAUAAAAUAAGAAUAUUUUUGGAAAAAAGUAAAUAUGUGAUCCGUAGUUUAGACCAAAAUUCUUUUAAUUAUCUUGAAACAACAGAAACAACAAAUAGAUUAAUCGAUAUGCCAUAAUAAAUCACAUUUUUAUAAAAUAUUUGGUUUAGGUUUUGAAAAUACUUUUAAAAGUUGUAAAAAUGAAUAAGAAAUUUCAUUUUUUAUAAUUUAGCAUCCAUAUAUUUAUUAUAAAUCGAAAAAUAUGGUUUCUAAAUGUGACAAAAUUGUAUAUUAAAGAAAGACUGAACUAUUUAAAACAUUUUUAUUAUUUCUGUUUGACCAGAUUAUUCAGAUAUAUGGUUUUUAUUAUCAUUAAACACCUAAUACGUGUUUAUACCACUGAAAUAUGGCCACAGUUGACCAAUUAUUAUCUAUCCUUCUUUAACUCGAAGUAUUAAAUGAUACUUAAAUUCUAAGAGUUCAACCCUAUGAUGUCAUCUUAUUUUGUCAAACACACAGCAUAGUAAUGUGCUAUUACACUAGUUAUCACUUUAUACUAACUCAAAUGGUUUUAUUCAUUCGAGUUUUCUCUAUUCUUGGUUUUCUUUAUUCGUUUUAGCAGGAUUUUCUCAAAAUAUUUCGACGUCACUAGUAAAAGUGAUACUAUAUAAAGAUACUCCAUUUGGUAAUAUCCCUGGUUUUGGUAUCAUUAUAACCUCAGCUGUUUUCAAUAAAUUUUGAACAAAUCUAAAUUUAUGUUAAGUACAGCAUUGAUAAUAUUAGUCAAUUUAACUUCUCAAGGUUUCUGCGCCAUUUUGCUUUGUCCCAUGAUUGGAUUUUCCAGUUGGUAAGUCCACUCCAGUCGUUUGCUUCUGCAUAUUAUCUUGACUAUUGCUGGAGACCCUUUGGUUGCAUUUUUUCGGAAUGUACUCCACUUCGUAUAUUCCAGGAAUCCAUUGUCUUCGCGAGAAGUGCGUUUCUAGGAAUACAAUGGCUCUUUCUUUAUCAAAGUAACUGUGAACCUAUCACCUGGCUUUCGUUGGGUCCUUAUAAUAAAGCUAUGAAACACUUUAAAGAGAUAAUAAUGAAAUUUACAACAUUUGUAGUGUAUAAAAUAAACAUGUAAGGAAAGUUUGACUCUCAAUAUGAAAUACGUGAAAGGACAUAUGUGUGAUCUCUAUUCAAAUUAUUUAAGACACCAAUAGACGAAAUUUGACAGAGCAAAUAAGAGAUUUAUUUUUCAAGUCUCUUAAUUGUGUAUAUUUUUGUAGAAAACUCUAGGUACUACCCAGGGAUUUGUAUAACGACAAGGCUAUCUUUGGGCCCUUGUACAAUGAACACUAGGAAAGCUCUUUUUUUAAUAUUAAUUUAUUUCUCUUUAACACAUCUUCUUC